AACGCACCCCAUAGCCGGAACUUCACUUUCUACACCGGGGGCUUCGUUUCACAUGCACCGCUCACUCCGUUAGAGAACCGGGGCAGAGAUGUUGUCGGCUAUUCGGUCUUAUCUUUUUCCCAUAAUAGAAUUAUACAUUCUUGGUCUUAAAGUUCUGCUGGUUCAGCUUUUCAGCAGACCUUUUAGGCUGCCAGUGAUGCCGAGACAAGAUGGCAAGGUUGCCAUAGUGACAGGAGGAGCUAAGGGAAUCGGCUAUGAGGUAGUCCGCCACAUGGCCAGACUGGGGGCGCAUGUUAUCAUAGGUGGGAGGAAUGAGAAGGAGGGUCUAGCAGCCAUCAGAGAGAUCUGUGAAGAGCACAAGGAGGCCAAAGUGGAGUUCAUGAAACUGGACCUGGCCUCUUUGCAGUCCGUCCGUCAAUUUGUCCAGCGCUUCAGGGAGCAGGACCUGCAGCUAAACAUUCUGGUCAAUAAUGCGGGUGUCAUGCUGGUUCCUGAGGGCCGGACUGAGGAUGGAUUUGAGCAGCACUUUGGUGUGAACUACCUGGGCCACUUCUUGUUGACCUGGCUGCUUCUAGACAUACUACAGAGUUCUGGAAAAUGGGGUCACUUCUCUCGAGUGGUCAACAUCUCCUCCUCUGCCCACUGCAUCGGGGAGAUCAGGCUAUAUGACCUAAACAGCAGCCAGUGUUACUCAGCCCAUGCUGCUUAUUGUCAAAGUAAGCUGGCACAGCUGUUAUUUAGUUCCCACCUCCACCAGGAGCUGCAACGUGAAGGAUUCCCACUGAGUUCAUGUGCUGUGGAUCCAGGCAUCGUGGAUACGGCUCUCUAUCGCCACCUCUGGACGCCCCUCCUCUUGGCACACAAAACACUGGCUCACCUUCUUUUCCGGACUCCUUCAGAGGGCGCCGCCACCGUGCUGUACGCCGCUUUAUCCCCGGACCUGGAGGGGGAGCAUGGAGGAGGCUUCUGGGCCAGUGGGCAGAGAGAGAUGACAACACCACUGACCUUUGACCCCCAGCUACAGCUGAGCCUUUGGCAAGCCAGCCUGCAGUUGCUGGGCCUGCAGUAGCAUGGCACAGAAGGACAACAAACUGGACUAAUCCUCCCACAAAAAAAAAAAAAGAAAAAAAAAAAGCAUCAGAUAAGAACUUAACCCAGGGGCCAUCCUGCCAUCUCCUCUGCCCUUUUUUUCUCAGUACUUCUCCAUCCAUACCUCACAUCGAGGUGUGUGUAGCGAUUUAAGCUGAACAUGUGGGCUGUGAUUGGGAGUGAAGACCUGCUUUUUGUUUCAAACCCGCCAAAGAAGGGCUUCAGGGGAUGGAAGAGGUUUUUUGAUUUCCACAAUGAGCAAACAGACAUAUAUGCACAUGUACAAACAUAUGCUGGGGUUUUAUCGAUUUAAGAAUUUGCUGUAGAUACUGAGCAGUUGUUCACAUUUAGUCAGGAACAAACAUCCUCUAAAGGUUUAUUCCCUGAUAGUGGCUAACUUCAGAUGUCUGGUCAGAAGAAAUUGUUGCACAGUGUCGUGUUCAAACACCUGCCUCACUCUGCCUUAAUGUCAUUAGUUUGGCUUUCUGUGAAAAAACUUCUUUUUCUCCAGUGAAAACAGAAACGGUGUUCCAAAGGUUUUGUCCAUCACAAACCUAGCUGAACAUAGCACUACGUUUUGGGCAGAAAAAUUUAAAGUCAUGAUCUAAAUUUUUAGGUAGGACACUUGCUUCAAAGUCAAGUGUCAGUUAAGCCUUGGCACACAUACACACACACACACACACACACACACACACACAAACACAAACACACAUUCAUGCACCAUGACAAUGGUCUGACUUUUCAAAUCUCAGCCUGCCUUGCUCCGGCAGGGGAAUGUGAUGUCAUCCGUAUGCUUUAAGAGAUCACAAUGAUUUCUCAGAUCGUCUCACCAUCCUGUUGGUGCGACUGAGAGCACUUUAAUUUGACCUACAUUCAUGUGCUUUUACUGGUUUCCACUCUCUGCAUCCUCAUGUUUAAAACUAAUAGGUGUAUUAUAAGCUGUGUGAAUUCUGCUGUUGUCAUGCAUUUGUUUGGAAAACGUUUUCAUCUCCUCUAUCUUCGCUUUCUCUCUCUAAUGCACAGUUAUUCAACAAAUGACGUCCCUUCAGCCUGAUCAGGGAUUUGAGAAAUUACCGAAAAAUAGGAUGAGGUUCUGUGUAAAAGUAGGCCGAUAUGUGGAGUUAUUCUCUGCAUAGAGGAGGCCGAAUAUUUUGUUCUGGGUAUUUUUUUUCCCGCUGCUCUUGUUUUCUGAAUCCAGGAUUUCCAGAUGUUUGUUUGCUUUUGUCUGCCCAGACACAAUAAGGGAAAGGAUGGGGAACCAACCACCACUUCACUCUGUCCCUAUUUUCCUUUGUGAUCUGUGUUAAUCGGUUUUACUGUGUCUGUGAUAUGUGUGUGUGUUUUAUGCACAGGAGUUAAAAAUUUACUCACGCUACAGACCCGAUUCAUGUUGAUGGAGAGCACAACAAUAGCAAGUCCUGGAGGAGCAGCGACAGGACGGGGAGUGAGAGGAAAUGCACCUUUUUUCAAUUACAAUACCUAUGAUUGGUUCCUCAUUGCUUCUGCUGUCGCUUCCUCGAUUGGCGCAGCUCCCAGUGCAUUGUGGGAUUGAGAUUUCCCAGCGGUGAGAAUUAAACUCCAUCUGCUGAGCUGACACACACACUCCAUUCGGAAACACUGAAAGCAGCAGAUCCAGGCACAGGCUUAUCUAAACAAGCACACAGCAAACAAACACGUCUGGUACUCAUGCAGCAAAACACUCACAUACACACAAACACUCACACAUACAUGCUGCGCCAUAAUGCCAUCUCCACUGUGAUAAACCAUUUUAGCUGUGAAGAUGAAAGUUUUAUCUCAAAUUAACAAGUUAUGGCUAAAUAUUCUUCCCCCCAUGCCCUCCCUUGACUCGAUGUGAAUACUGCCACUGAGCAUCCAUUAUCUGCCAUAUGUGAAGCAAUAGAAUCUCUGUGGUAGCUAUUCAGCCAGUAGCAUAGGGACAGAGGUUCAGAAUACAAGAGAGCCCAAGACCACAAGUGUUUCAUUGAAAAUACGUGCUUCAAAUUACCCUUAGGGUGAGACAUUAAAAUGAUCUGUGUCAUAGAACAUGGACUGUGUAACACAUUGAUGUAGUCUCUGUUAUGUCACCCACUGAUUUCUGAAGAGCUCUUCUGAAACCUGACUGUCAGUCAGCCUAGACACAAUCAAAGAGGUGGGGGUGAGCCUCCUGGCAAACUACUACUGGUCACCCACCAGUCUAUCAGCUUGUCCUCACCCCUUAUUAUGUAAAUAUAUUAAUAAAACCUCUAACAGUGUGUACAAAGGAAGACAUGAGCUACACAGACCAAAACUGCUCCCUGAGCCGGGCUUUAAACAUGUUUAUUUCUGCUGUAAAGCUGAGCAUUUCAACAUGCUGGCUUUUGCAGACAGCCUCAGUGAACCCUUAAGGAGUUGUAAUUUUGUGCACUUCUGCAUUGGCUUCCUCUUUUAACACUAGAGGUUGCAGCUUAGUUUUACAUUUAAAGGUAUUGUGCAGGUAUAUGCGCAUGGUUUAAACAGGAUCAAUUUCAAGUUCUAAUUUGUUUUUACUUCCAGUUUGACCUUGUAUUCCAUAUCAGGGAUCCUCUGUAGGAUGCAGCCCACAAAAAAGCAGGCCUUCCCCCUCCCCACUAACGUGUGACACAGGUCUAGACUCUGGAAUAUAAAAACCAAUGUAGUGUUCGAGUGCGCCUUAGUAUUUAAUAUACGUCCAAGUUUAUCACAGCCAACUGAGUUUGCAGUAUUUGUUGUGACUUUAAAGUCAACACACAAUGAACAAAAAGGUUACAAGAUCCAUAUUACUUCCAUUUGUAAGUCGUGCCCUGUGAUCAACUCCUCCAUGCUGCAAAUUGUUGAGAACAUGCCUGGCUUCCAUUAUUCACAACCUAUUGUUGGCCUUGUCCAUUUAGUAUGAACACCAGAAAUACCAAGGAUCUGGUAAAUACAACCUGAUCUUGAACAUUCAAUCCUCUCAUACAUACCCUGCAGGUUUGAUGAGAUAGAUGGAGUGGAUUUGGGUAUAGAUUCAAAUCACCUGAAAGCUCAAAAGGCUUUGUUGCUUGUUGCACAUUUUGUUAAAUGUAUGCAUAACAUAAUUCCUUAUUAAUGUUGACUCAGAUCACCUUGAAUGACUUACAUAUUUCAGAUGCUUCUGUUUUAUUUACUUCAAAGUCAAACAUUUUCCAGUCAUAAUCAAAAAUGGAGGUUGAAAAAUCACAAAAAACUGGAUGCCAGAAACAUAGAAUUUAACCCUCAAUGAAAUCACUUCCAGUAUGGCCAGCUUCAGUUUGAACUGGGAAACUUCCACCAGCAGGCUUACCUCUUUAAAAUGAGAGUAAUUGAUACCACUGAGCCAAUCAGGGAUUGCUGCGUCAGGGAUGACAAUGCUUAGUUUUUAAAUUCAGCUUUGAUUUAACAAGGCUGAAGAUCACAAUCCAGGUCCAGUUCAUGGUAAAAAUCCAAAUCUGAGCAAAUAUUUGGUGCGGUUGAAUUAUUAUUAUUUUAUUCUUUGGUUCUAGCAUUUUUGCAGGGAUUGAAUCUGAAUGCCAGCAAUAUUGCUUAUCUCUAAGAACUUCUACUUAGUUAAGUCAAACAGCUUACAAACAUCUUUUGCCCCAGUGCUUCCUUGUUUAACUCUGUUGUUCUCUGAGGCCGCUUCGAAGCACUGACUGAAUAACAGAUUAACAACCAACCUAGUCCUAUUAAGCUUCAAGUGCACCCACUACCCUCCACGUAAGCAAAAAACACCAGCUUGCUUCUCGGCAGUGCUCAUUCAAAAAGUACAGUGCUUCAGUGAGGGCUACAUCCUAUCCAAGAGCUAUCGUGUUUCUCACAGUCCAGCUGCUACAGUUAAUGUCUGAAAAACCCUGAGAGGAAUGAGAAGAGGACGUCACUGUCUUUCUUAUCUGAGCACAAGGUUUUCUCAAGACGCAGUGAGGAGAAGUAUGAGGGUCUGUCCUGGUGUUCUUGUUGCGUCAGUGUGCAGAGGAGGGCUGCUAAAUUAUCAAUGAUUACCUUGUUAUAUAUUUAGCUUACUCCUCAAGCGUUCCACACAGACAGGACAACACGGUGAACUUUCCGAACUUGAACUGCAAAUAAAGAAAAAGAGAAAAAAGACAAAAAAAAGAAACAGCUCAAGUAACUGUCUGUGAUAUUGUCUGUAUGUGAUUUACUCGUAUAUGAUCAUUUUAAAGCGUUGUCGCCACUGGACACUGACCAGUGGAGCUGUAUUUAGACUGACAAUGUUCUAAUAGCCAUUCUUCUGUCUGACCUGGGAUUGCAUUUAUAUUAAAUGUUCCAGUCCCAAGUUCUGCAAAUCCUAAAUGUGUAUCUGUAUAGGAAGAGCGAUAAUAUAAAGAUGUAUACAGGGGGAUGCCGGAUGAGCUGAGUCCUUACUGUGGUGUCGUGCUACUGCAGGUUGAAAAUAGAUGGUGUUCUCACAUCCAGCGUAAACACUCAGUCCAUGUGGCCCCUGAGGAUUUAUGAAAUGUGCAAAAUGUUUUAUUUUUGUCAUGAUUUUGUUGUUGUUGAGAUACACAUCUUAUUGCUUUUGCUGUGCCUAAGAAGAAAAUCUCCCUCAUAAAUGUGUAACUGUGAAUUCUCAUGUAGAAAUGAGCUUUGUAGAAACUGUGACUACGUCUUGUCUUGUGCAUUGCUGUACGUUUUUUCUCUCUUUGGAGUGAUGGGAGGUGAAUGUGAAUGUGUGUGCGUGUGUGUGUGAGUGCGUGUGAAUGUGUGUCUAGAUAAGGGAGUUUCAUGUCCAUGUUUUUUGUCAAUGGUUGUGACAUUCCAGCAGCAGCCACCACCUUUUCUAUUAUCCAAAGCCUCUCAAUAAACAUAUCAUUGUGCCA